AGAAGAGAGCGCCUCUUUGUGUGAUUGGUGCAUACAGUCCGAGCGUUUCAGCGCUUUGAGCCAGAGAUGCGCUUCCUUCCCCCUGUGGAGCAGAUCCGCUCUGUCGUCCUCGUUUCAAGGGUUGUCCUGAAGUUGGUGUCUAGACACGGCUCCUAUUUGAAACACAGAGUCAGUGUGUGAGAGAGCGCAACAAUGUCUGAACUUUUUAUGGAGUGUGUUGAGGAGGAGCUGGAGCCGUGGCAGAAGCAAGCUCCUGAAAUUCUCCUGAUUGAUGAUGAUGAUGAUGAUGACGAGCCUAUCUUUGUUGGAGUUCUCUCUAACAAACAAAAAGAUGUUAAGACUAGUGCUAAACCUCCUCAGAGUAACAGUGUAGGAAAACCGGUAUUGAAUCCAGCUGCACCACAACCUAUUGGUUCCUCGCCGGUGGUGCUGCCUUUGAGUAUAACUGGAAGCACCGUUGCAACUGCAGCACCCAACCUGACGACAGUGACACCACAGCCUGUUAUUGUCAAUAACCAGGGCUUCAUUGUAACAUCACAAUUGGCAAAUACCAGUGACUUCAUUGCCUCUCUUGGGUCGCAGUACCCUCCUGGAACAUCUUUUACAAUUGUACCAGCUGGUCAGCAGCAGCUUUUUCAGCAGGUCAGUCCAGCAACUGUAAUACCUGGAGCUGUUCAAAGGGCUCAAGUGCAGCAAAUCAGCAACAACAUUGUGACGCUGUCUAACGUGCAGAGUCCGCCCAUGUAUUCAACACAACCUUGUCAAGUGCAACCAAAUCCGCCAAACUCACAAACCCCUCAGACUGCUGCUGUACCCGUAAAGACUGUUGGCAAUAAUAAAGAUCAAAAUGUAGUGAAGCGACUCCUGCCAACAUCGCAAACGGACAGCAUAAAACGAGCAAAGCUUGAUUUGAAGACGCAAAAAGCAACUGCCAAAGUGGAAAAUGGGAUCGUAAAGGCAAAGUGCCCAAAGUGUCAAGAGGAAUUUACUCAGGAUGCCCUGAAGUUCCAUGUGGCGAAUUGUGGUAAAAAUGUUCAAAGUACAUCUGUAUCCUCCCCGAACCUUUCUGCAAACAAACGCAUCAUGCUGGUCGCAGAUUUUUACUAUGGCCGCUUUGAGGGAGAUGGAAUCAAGGAAGACUUGCAGAAGGUCACAAUGUUCAAGUGCCAGAGCUGCUUAAAAGUUCUUAAGAACAACAUAAGGUUUAUGAACCACUUAAAACACCACCUGGAGCUGGAAAAGCAAAACAGCGAAAGCUGGGAGAGCCACACAACUUGCCAUCAUUGCUACAGACAGUACAUGACUCCAUUCCAGCUGCAGUGCCACAUAGAGAGCGCUCACAGCCCCAUCGAGUCCUCAACUAAUUGUAAGAUAUGUGAGCUGGCGUUUGAGUCAGAACAAGUUCUGCUGGAACACAUGAAGGACAACCAUAAGCCUGGGGAAAUGCCGUACGUCUGCCAGGUGUGCAACUACAGGUCCUCCUUCUUCUCAGAUGUCGAGACACAUUUUCGAAGUGUCCAUGAAAACACCAAAGACCUGCUAUGUCCUUUCUGUCUCAAGGUUUUUAGAAGUAGUCAUACGUACAUGCAGCACUACAUGAAACAUCAGAAAAAAAAAAUCCAUCGCUGCGGGAAAUGCAGACUGAAUUUCCUCACCUACAAAGAGAAACUGGAGCACAGAACUCAAGUCCACAAAACUUUCAAAAAACCCAAAGCUCUAGAGGGCCUUCCUCCAGGAACAAAGGUGACCAUUCGAGCCUCCCUCACUGGAAAGACGCCUGUGUUGCCAGCCUCCUCUAAUCGAACCAGCUUACCUGUCAAUACAGUUACACUAAGUUUGAGUCAGCAAACCAGUCCUCCCGUCAGCGAAAUCAAGUCUAAAUCAAUCGUGUCUGCAGCUGACAAAGCCACCAAAACAACGCAGAGCAAGAAGCAAUACAGUCGAAAUGCCAGACACAAGUUACUCAAGAAUCUCAGUUUUAGCGUCCAUGAAGGGCUUUACACGUGCAUCGAGUGCAACAACUAUAUUGAUGACUUCUUUUCUCAUUUCCCGAUGGCUUCAAAUUGUGGCGCGUGCAAGUAUCGGACAUGUUGCAAAGUUUCUAUUGGGAAUCAUAUGAUAAAAUUUCACAGCACCAUCGCUAAAAAUCGAUCUUUCAAAACGGAUCAUAAAAAAACACCAUCUUCAUUAAAAUUAACUUUGGUCUGCUUCAACUGUGACUUCCUGGUGGAUGCGUCAAGUGGUGGUGACCUGAUGACCAAACACCUAACUGACCAACCAACUCACACAUGCAAGGUUAUUCCGGAGAAAGCAGAUGUGAAAGACAAAGAUCAAGUACAUCUCACCUUGGCACAGCCAGCAAAGGUCCUGUGCCUCUUGACAUCAGCACCUGCAGAAAGACCAAAGGAAACAAACCUGAACCUUGAAUGUGUCACAUCUCAAAGUGUUAGUGUUGCCCCAGUUGUCCAACCAGGACCUGAACCAACAGUACUAGUAGGUGAUCAGGAAAAACUUUCCACUGGAGGGGAACCGAAGCAGUCGUUGCCAUCUUCCAGUACUUUAGAUGCCCUUUCAGACCUCUGUGGUGGUUCAGUGGGUAACCCUGAGGGCCCAGACGUUGGAAAGCAAGUCCCUGAUUUAGGAAUUGUCUCUGAGCAUGAGACUAAGCAACAGGAAACUAAAACUCAAUGAAUAUGCACAUUAACUAAAUGGUGUGCAUGACAAACUCCAUCUCUGCACAUUUAUGAAUCAAGUAACUCUCCCUCAGUCAACCUCUGCAUUGUAGGUUCAGAUAUAUCAGUUAUAUGAUAAUGUUGCUUUGGCUGCUGGUAUUUGCUAUAAAUACCCCCGUGACUAAUGUCUGCAACAGCUGGAAGUACACGUUUAGCAGGUUUUCUUACUUUGCCUAAACUUUAAAUAAACUAGCCUAUUUGUAUUUAUAAGACCAUACACUACAAUCUCAUUUGCUCUACUAACUAUUUGCAAACACACAAAAUUACUCUGCAGUGAGUUGGUAAGUUCAUGCCUACCUGUGGCUCAUUUGAGGAGCUGGUUGAUGUCCACAUAGGAACCCUGCAGAAACCGCAUAGAAGAUUUUUAUUUGCGUAACCGACACUGAAACAAUCAAAGUAAUCAUGUGUAAACCUGUCACUCAUAUGUUUCGGCUUCAGACUUCCUCAAUGUUUAGCAGUUUAGUCCAAUUUCUGUCUUAACUGUUUUGCACUGGUGUUUUGAUUUGGGAUGAAAUUUUUGUUUUGCUAAAACUGGCUUCAGUUUUAAUUUUGUUGUAUUGGUGUUUUUCUGUAAUUGUGUAAAUUAUAUCAUGGGGUAAACUGUAUUUCAUUUGCUUUCUUAUUUUAUACCGACUUACUGGUUGAUGACGACAAAACAAAUUACUGAAACAUAGACAUUGUUCACAACAGAUUUCUUGUCUGUAACCAAUGGAGUAUGUUAGAAAACAGGAUAAUACUGACAGUAAAACAAUAAUUGGAGAAUUGUGACUGAGAAAAAAGUGUAAAACAGAUUUACCCAAGUAGAGAUUAAACUUAUUUUAAAUAUUCACAGCAGCUUGUGGAAGAAUUUGUAGUUGUAAGUUUUUAUUGCAGCCCAUUGACUCGCUCUAAGCAGCCACUUAUGUCCCAGCUACUGGUUUCUUAGUUACCUUUUGUUUGUUUUGUGAUUUUUUUUUUUAAUGGAAAAGGCAAAUCAUACCAUGCCUUUAGGAUGUUUUAUACAAUGCAGUGUUUAUGUUAUAACUUUUAAAAAGGGUUUCCACUAUUCCGCAGCUGUGUGUCUGACAACUCUGUAAAUGUAACCAUUCAAUUUUUAAUACGUUCCUCAAGUACUGUAAUUCAUAUAGGACACUGUUCAGAGAUCUAUAAACUGCUGGGUUUGGAUCGGUGUUCUCCUGUUUUGUGUAAAUAAAUCUUUAGUAUAAGA